UUGUUUUAAACGGCAGAGCCCCGCAGCCAAUCAGGCCGCUCUCGUAGGCAGCCAACGCGAGGCUCAGCCCCAGCCAGCGCUGAGUCUUAGCGCGUCGUGUGUGCGCCCUGCUCGCUUCUCUUGCUUAUCGCCUAGGCUUAAAGCGAACAAUACAGAGAGUAAAAAAUGGCUAAAGGUGACCCGAAGAAGCCGAAAGGCAAGAUGUCUGCUUAUGCCUUCUUUGUGCAGACUUGCCGUGAGGAACACAAGAAAAAGAACCCAGAAGUUCCUGUCAACUUUGCAGAAUUCUCCAAGAAGUGCUCAGAGAGGUGGAAGACCAUGUCGAGCAAAGAGAAGGGUAAAUUUGAUGAGAUGGCUAAAGCUGACAAAGUACGGUAUGAUAGAGAAAUGAAGGAUUAUGGACCAGCUAAGGGUGGCAAGAAGAAGAAGGACCCCAAUGCUCCCAAACGGCCACCGUCUGGAUUCUUCCUCUUCUGCUCAGAGUUCCGUCCCAAGAUAAAGUCCACCAAUCCUGGCAUCUCCAUUGGAGAUGUGGCAAAAAAACUGGGUGAAAUGUGGAACAACCUCAGUGAUGGGGAGAAGCAGCCUUAUAACAACAAGGCUGCGAAACUGAAGGAGAAAUAUGAGAAGGAUGUUGCAGACUACAAGUCUAAAGGCAAGUUUGACGGCGCAAAGAGUGCAGCAGCUAAGGCGGCUGCUGCAGCUCGGAAAAAGGUAGAGGAGGAGGAGGAGGACGAGGACGACGAUGAGGAGGAGGAAGAUGAAGAGGAGGAUGAUGAAUGAGAAACUGUAUAAUAUUUGUCUCCAUGUGAAUAUCAUAGAGUAGGGGAAACACCAUUUGGAAAAGAUAAUAAACUGCACCUCUUAUUUGAGAGGGUGUCUUAUUUGUCCUUAUUAGGUUUAAUGACACAAUUUGGAUUUUGACCACACCAUAGCUUCUUUGAAAAUUUAAAACAAAGUGCUCUAAGAAAAUACAGAAAGGAAAACAAACCAUCGUAACUGGUUUACAUGAAGUGGCCAUGGGUGUCUUUAGGUACCCUGAAACUGUAACAAAGUUGUACAUAUUUCCAAACAUUUUUAAAACAAAAAAAAAAAGUGGAAACAAGACGCUCUAGUGUUCUCCUCAACUCUGUGCACUUUCCUGUUGGUGUAACAAAGCAUUUAAAAAUGUUUCAAGCAUCUUAUUUUUUAAUUUGUAAGGUGGUGUUUAACUAUAUGGUUAUUGGCUAGAAAAUCCUGGGUUAUAAACUGUACAUAUCUAUAGUUUGUAAAAACUAGACAGAUUUUUGUGGUUCAUGCUUCGAGCGGUGAUCCUUCAGGGGAAGGCAAGUGACUUUUAAUAAAGCUGUAAUGCUUUUCCACAAGGGUGUCGCAUCUCAAAGCAUGCACUGCGAAAGUAGAUCUAUUUACACUACAGUGGGCGUCCAUUUAGCUUAAAGUUGUCUUUCUGUAUAUAGUGAAAUUAGCAUUCUGCAGCCAUUCUUAGUUGUGGAAGGGGGGUGGUUCAGCUGGCAUGAGAAAUUGUAUGGAAUCUUUUUUUUCCCUUUAGUUAAGUGGGGUAGUUUUUAAACAGAAACUGUAGGCCUCUUCAUUGUCUUCUUAAAAGUGAAGAGAUGGCGCAGAAGCAAGUUCAAAAACACUCUGUACUUAAAGAGAAACAAAAUUUGCAAAAAUGUUCUGUUUGGUUUUUUUGUAUGUUUAGAAUGCUGAAAUGUUUUUGAAGCAAAAAAUAAACAGUAUUACAUUUUUAAAACUU